UUGCCGUUCCUGUCCAUGUCGCGGGCGGGGAGCGAUGGCACUGCCGCGCUGGAGCGGGCCGGGGCGGAGACGGUGAAGCGGGCGGUGCAGCUGGACGUGGCGUCCCGGUUCCAGGAGUCGCUGGUGUGUUACCAGGAGGGCAUCGACCUCCUGCUCCAGGUGGUGAAAGCCACGACAGAUGAGGCGAAAAAGCACCGCUACCGGCAGAAGAUAUCCGAGUACAUGACCAGAGCCGAGGACAUUAAAAAACACAUUGAGAAAGAGAAACAAGAUGGCAAAUACCAUAAGCAAAUCAGGAUAGAAGAAAAUGCAACAGGUUUUGGCUAUGAAAAGCUUUUCCAUGAGUACCUCACUGAGAUUGUUUCUGAAGUUUGGGUGGAGGACCCUUACAUUAGACAGGUUCAUCAGCUAUAUAACUUUCUACGAUUCUGCGAGAUGCUAAUUAAGGGGCCGUGCAAGGUGAAAACAAUCCACCUCCUCACUUCCUAUGAUGAGGGUAUUGGGAGGAGUCAACAGAUGACUGCCUUGGAAGAAAUAAAACAGUCAUUGAGUAAUUAUGGAGUAACACUGAAUAUUGACUUUUCAUCUUCAAUACACGAUCGAGAAAUCAGAUUCAACAAUGGGUGGAUGAUUAAGAUUGGAAGGGGUCUUGAUUAUUUUAAGAAACCACAGGGUCGUUUCAGCAUUGGAUACUGUGACUUUGACUUGAGACCUUGUCACGAAACAACAGUGGAUAUCUUUCAUACUAAACACACCAAAAAAAUGUGAUCAGAAAUGACUGUUUUUAGUAAGUGUUUUCAUAAGCAUAAAAAUGAAAGACUGAAGAUUUCUUGAGUCCAGCUGGUUGGCCACAGAAGGAACUCUUCUAAGUUCUUAGUGCAGUACAGCUUUUAUAAUCUAUAUAUUUAAGCACAUUGGAGACUUUCCAGUCUGAGAAAACGAAACUGCAUGAUUCCUUCAUUGUACUUCUUCUCUAAUUUUAAUUAAUACAAGCCCUGUACAAAUUUGAUUUCAGAACCGACUCUCAAUAGUGUCUUUCAAAAGCCUCUUUACUGCCUUUUCUAUUUUUACUGUUGAUUUUGUCUUGAGCCUGUUCUAGAUUUUUAUCUUUAAUUGACCAUCACACAGUCAUUGGAAGCUGGGCUGCCACAUGUCCUCUUUUAUAAGCAGUCUUAUUUAUUUCCUUUAAUUCCUGUAUUCUACUCAUGACUACUGUUUUGCUGGGUUUCUAUCAAUCCUGUAAUAUCCCACACUUUACUAGUAAUCCCAAAUUUCACAUUCCAUUUUCCUAGCUCUUUGUCUACGAAUGCUGUAGAGUUCAGCACAGUCAGUUUAGGGUUGUUUUACAUGUCUCUGCAUAAUGGAUUUUGGGCAGGCUGCAAACAGCUCUGUUUUCUUCCCUGUCACUCCUAUGUGUUCUUUUAUUUCAUGAUACAUGGCCAUAUACAUGAUCUGCAUCCUUUGCAUUAAAGUGUGGAAAGCAUGUGUGAUCUUCUCCCAGUCUUACUCUCUGACUUUAAAGUACAAUGACUGGUUUUUCGCUCUCAACUGCAGCAAGCUAUUUCACUACUAAUAAGGUAGUCCCCUAAAAAGAAUAAAUUUAAGGUCUUUCAGAAGUUGGAUACC